GACUAGGCCAGACAUCGUCAUACUGCAUCUGUUGAAAGAGCAAAAUCACUUCAACGAAAUGGCUUGCACGGUUGAUAGCAUAGGCGUGGAGUAGUGUGUCAAGGACGAAGAUAUUGGAUCUGAACCCGGUUUUGAGGAUUCGGGCGUGGAUAUGGAAGGCUUCAAGAAGAUAAGGAAGGGCUGCGCAAGCCUUGUAGAGGGAGCAUCCGAUAGAAGAGCUGGAGGGCGAACACUAGGUCCCAUGCACGGGUGUAGGCUCGGAUCAUAGAGUUCCAGGCGAAGGAGGUGGGGACGGGGAGAGAAGUCAAGCGACGACAGCCGGAGAGCGGACGAGGCCAAUCUUGAUCAUGUAGGCAUGGGGACUGGUGAAGCUUGGAGAGGUUAGUAGGUAUGUCCGUGAAGGAGAGGAAGGAUCGAGGGAGGUAGAGGACUGGAUCUGCAUGGGUGAUUUGGUGGAGUGGGACUGCACUUCGGCGGCGGAGGACGGGAACUAAUAGCCCCCAAUAAUGGUUUUAAAUCAAGGACGGGAACCAAUAUAGGGUAUGUCUUAGAGAUUUUAAAAAUCCAAAUAUGGCUCAGCGAUUGAAAAUUAUAGCAUAAUAUCGGCACGAGGACUGGUGGACCUCGGAGAGGUUGGUGGCCAUGCCUACGAAGAAAAGAAUGGAGAGAGGGGAGGCGGACGUGGCGGCGGACGAUGGUAGAGUACGAGAGUUGUAUAGGUGAACUGUUGGAGCAGGACUGUAGCAAAAAAAUUAAUAUAGAGAUAUUGUCACAUCCUAAACCCAGCAUCCUGGCAAGUGACACGGCUACAUGAGCCCUAAAACAGUACCGUAAAGAUCAUGAAGGUCUAAGAUAAAGAUUGUAAAAAGCAUAAUAUCAAUACGAGGACUGGUGGACCUCUGAGAGGUUGGUGGCCAUGUCUAGGAAGGAGAGAAUGGAGAGAGGCGAAAUAGGGGAGGCCGUCGCGGCGGCGGAUGACCGAAGAGCACGGGAUUCAUAUGGGUGAUCUGUUAGAGCGGGACUGUAGCAAAAAAUUGAUAUAGGGAUAUUGUUGGAAUUUAAAAAAUCAAAAUAUGUCUUAGGCAUCGAAAAUUAUAGCAUAAUAUGACGUAUGGAUCAGAAAUUGAAGUCUCGGUCUAUGGAAAUUUUUCCAUAUAUCACAGUCUACAAAGAAACGGCCAAACAAAUGUCACUAUUAUUGCGGGUAGCGUAUACGAAACAAAAGCCAGGGAAGCCAGAAGGUCCAUUGGAAAUAGCAGUCAUGUCUAUCUUAUUAUUUAUGACGCUCUUACAUCAAAGGAGAAGGAUUGGGUCCAACGAAGAAAAUAGAGCCACCAUGCGUAAGUAGAGGGGCACUAGCACAGUAACACUUAUUAAAUAGUCGUCUCUGUACGUGGAGAGUUCAAGGAGUAACCUACCAUUCCCCUCUCUCUGUUUUCACAUAGUCCUGUAACUUGGGGAACAAAAGAUGGCCAUGAUCCCGGAUGCCUUCGUCUCAAAAUUGUGUUGGAUGCUGUUAACCUAUGCAAACGGAGAGGCCGUUAAGAUAUUGGGUUUGCCCAACGAAAUCAAAAAGCUCCAUAGGAGGUUGGAGAGGAUACAUGAUGUUCUUGGUGAUGCAGAGAACAAACGUUUCGACAACCAACCCAUCAACCGUUGGCUGAUCGAGCUGCGAGAUCUUAUGUACGAUGCAGACGACAUCAUCGAUGAAUGCUGGAUCGAGGGCGGAAAACUUUUCAGCUCAAACUCAUCCUCAUUUCGUUGUAUUGAGCUGGUACGUUGUUGCUAUCCUCCGAUUGCUUGUUUGUACAAAGUUGGAUUCCGUCGUAAGAUUGGCAAAAGAAUUAGAGAUCUCAACCUUAGGCUUGAUGAACUUGCCAAGGACAAAGGUGACCUCCAUCUUACACCUGCUCCUCGUGAUGACGGCUAUAAGAGUAGAAUUAGCCCCAAGACAUCUCCUGUACUUGUUGAACCUGAUCUUGUUGGAGAGAAAAUUGAGAAUGAUACAACGAGGUUGGUGGACCUGUUGACAAAAGCAAAUAAGAAAAAAAUCCCAAUCUUUGCUAUUGUCGGCAUGGGUGGGAUAGGCAAAACUACGCUUGCUCAGAAAAUUUACAAUGACGAGAAGCUUCGGGACAACUUCAACCAAAUGCCACGGAUUUGGUUGUGCGUGUCCCAAGAGUUCUCAGAGUCCAGUUUGCUGAGAUCUAUCAUAAAGCAAGCUGGAGGUAAUCCUAGAGAUGCUGAGGAAAAGGAAGUGCUUGAACCUAUGCUUAGCGAAUUACUUAGGAACAAAAAAUUCUUUGUAGUCUUAGAUGAUGUUUGGGAUGCGCAGGUAUGGGAUCAGCUAUUGAGAAAUCCCUUGCAGAGUGGUUCGACAGAUAGUAGAAUUUUGAUAACAACUAGAAACAUAAACAUUGCAAAACAGAUGGGUGCAAUAUACAGUCACAUGGUGGAGAAGUUGUCUCGAGAGGAUGGUUGGUCAUUAAUUUGUAAGAUGGUGUUUGAGGAAGACGAGGAAGGAGAUAUGCACGACUUAAGUGAUAUAGGGAUGAAAAUUGUAGAGAAAUGUGAUGGCCUUCCCCUUGCUCUUAGGACGAUUGGAGGGGUACUUCGAACCAAGGCAAAAAGGCAAUCGGAAUGGGAGGAGGUCCUUUCUAGCUCUGCAUGGUCUUUUACUAAGCUUCCGGAUAGGGUGAUGGGUGCUUUGUACUUGAGCUAUUUGCAUUUACCACCUCCUCUCAAGCAGUGCUUCACUAGCCUUUCAUUAUUUCCCGAGGACUACCAAAUUCCUCAAUAUCUUUUUGUCAACAGUUGUAUUGCAGAGGGCUUUGUAACAUCCGAAGACAAUACGCCCUUGGAAGAUGUGGCGGAAGGAUAUUGGAAGGAGUUGGUGCAAAGGAACCUCUUACAUCUAGAUCCGAUGUGGUAUGAUCAAUUAGUUUGCGGGACUUGCAGGACACAUGAUCUCCUGCGAUCUCUAGCUCAGCAGAUAGCAGGGGAUGAGUGCUUCGUCGGAGAUGCACGAGCAUUUGAAAACAAGAUCCUGUCCUCCUCCUCAUCAUCAUCAUCGAUAAAAUUACGCCGUUUAUCAAUUGUAGAUGGAAAAUUAAAAACCAUACCAGAUUUUAUAAUGGAACAGACAUCCUUGAGGAACCUAUCAUUCUUCCAUACCCCACUUAUUCGUGAUCUUCCAGAAAAUCUCUUCAGAAAGCUGAGGAGUUUAAGGGUCCUCAGGUUAAGUGGAAUGGACAUUAACAAUCUACCAACUUCCUUGGGAGAUCUUGUGCACCUUAGAAGUCUUCAAAUCUCUUAUACUAAAAUAAGAGAGAUACCGGAGAGCAUAAGGAAUCUUAGAAAUCUGCAAUUCCUGAUUCUCCAGGAUUGUAAAUAUUUGCACAAUCUCCCUGAUGGUGUUGUGGGGUUAACCAACCUAAGGCUUCUACACGUCAAAGGUGCACCACUUGUUGGUCUGCCUUUGGGAAUAGGGAGACUGCAAAAACUACACUCACUUGGGGGAUUUGUGGUGAAUGGUAGGGAGGGCCGCAGAUCUGGAGUAGGAGGAGAUGACAGGGAGCAGGAGCUCAAGGGACAUCAACACGGGAGGUUCUGCACCUUGGAAGAGUUGAAAUCCCUUUCCCAAAUCCGGCGAAUGGGCAUACACAAGUUGGAAAGUGUAUCGAACAAGGCCGAAGCAAUAGCUGCUGCACUCGAAGACAAGUCCCAUCUCACAGUUCUAUUUUUGCAUUGCACACUACCGAGCAGCUCUUUUGAUGUGCAGCAGUCUCAUACAAAUGCUUACGAUGAGGAAGAUAUCAAGAGAAUAGGGGAGGUCUUCGAGGAGCUCCGCCCACCACCAUGCCUUGAAAUGCUUCUAAUUGAUGGCUACUUCGGCCGUGAGCUUCCUAGCUGGAUGAUUACACCCUCGUCAUCUCUCCGCAAUCUGCGAAGGCUAGAGCUAGAGAAUUGUGCUCUAUGCCAGCAACUUCCACUCUUUGGAAUGCUACCACAACUAGAUUUUCUCCGGAUUUCAGGUGCUUCUGCAGUCACGAGCAUCGGACCUGAAUUCUACUUGCUAGCAGAUGGCAGUGCCGGUGCAGGAGGGCUGCAUGGAAGAAUAAACUACUCUUGCUUCUCCUCCUACUUCGCCAAACUAGAGCGACUUGUAUUUAGAGACAUGCCUAAUUGGGAAGAAUGGUGGUGGCGGUCGGAGGAGGAGGACAACCGAACAACAUCAUUGCUACCUUCUCUCAGGUCAUUGGAAAUUGAUGGAUGUCCGAAGUUGAGGUCUCUUCCGGAGAGCCUCCUCUGUCAUGCCACCGCACUGAAGGAGUUACAUAUUUGUGGUGCCCACAGCCUGAAAGAAAUACAAAACCUCCCCUCUCUUGUAGAAUUGAUCUUGAUUAAAAACUCGAGUUUGGAGAGAGCAUCCAACUUUUCUGGACUCAAACACCUAGACGUUUAUGAUUGUGAGGAGUUGAAGGUUGUGGAGGGUGUGGAUGCCGUCGAGCACAUACAGCUCCCUGAUCGAGAAGCAGAGUCUCUCCCAGAGUGGUUAGUAGGUACUGGUGAAGAGCAACCAUGCUUCCCUUCCCUCCACAAGUUGACUCUCUCCAACAAAAUCUGUCGCCGAGGGCUACCCGAUUGGCCUUUGAUUCGAUGACACCACACCCAUCUCAUGUUGAAGCAAUCAGCAAGUAUGGACCAACGACAAUCAACUGUAUAAGAAAAAGCUGCUUCAGCAAGCCAGGGAUGGAUGUUAUACUACUCGCCAACUAUUUGAUAUUCCGCAUCAUUCUCGUCCUUUCAGGACGUCGACCCAAGGACUGCAGUAAGAAAGAAGAAAAGUCUGGGACCGAAUGACAUGCAUAGCAAUUCCUUACAUUAAUUGGCAAUUCAGGUCCAGCGGAUAAGCUGAAAUCCUUGUUUCUAGAGGCUUCUCUCCAACUGCAUCAGUACGUAGCUUUCAUUCUAGCAGAGUCUUGGAACAAGCAAUUACCCAUCUAUGGUGCUAAUCUCGAAAAUCAUUGGCUGCUAUGUUGGGUUAUCCCUCCUAUAUUGGAGGAGACUUAGCCCAACAAAUGUGGGCUAAGUUAAUUACUUUUAGCCCAACAAAUAUGGGCUACUUUUGGCCCAAAACGUGAGGCCCGUUAGGGCAAUGUUUUAUGUUGAGAAGGCAAGGUACAUGAGCUGUCCAGCACGAGUUAAAAAUAGAGGGAGGCAACAGAGAAGAUGCAGAAUUAAUAUUCAGAGCGCAGUCUUGAUCAAAUGACGAUCGGAAGGCGAUCCAUGGUCCGAUCGAGCUGAAAUUUGUAUCGCAUGCUCAUAACACGUGGUUCUUCAAUCUGUACGGUGUGAUCGCCAUUUGAAGUCUUCUACCAUAGUCAGAUUCUGUAGAAACGUGGCUGCUGUUCAUGUGAGAUCUUCUCAAUCUUUCUUUCUUAUUGUUGAUGUUUGCCAAGAAUAUUGUUCUUAAGAUUAUGUGCUGAUACAUGCCUCUAGUUUGGCUAGAGAGAACAGAUUAUAAUACCCAUUAUUAGUUGAUAGUGGAAGUUUUUGGGUGGACUACGGUCCCGUGGUUUUUACUCUCCAUAUUGGGGAGAUUUUCCAGGUAAAAAUUUGGUGUUGCUUUUGUGUUUCUAAUAAUUUAAUCAGCUAGGUAUUUGUGAAUGCCUUGGCUCUAGUUGUUUGUUUCCUAACAGGUUUACAUAAGGUGGGAGUUACCUCCCAAUCCCAACAUGCUAACAUUGCAUUAAUGGACAAUUAUGAGUUAGAGAUUUCUUGAUGGUCCUAAUUAGGAGAAUCAAGACUAGGCCUCUUUCUUGUUCUCGCGCAGAGAAAGGAUCGAUGCCCGCAAGAUGAUGGUGUUCCCAACUUCAUUAUUUCACCUGCUUGGCCGAAAGAAGUUAGUAUCGUGGACCAAAUCUUAUGAGCUCAGUGGGAAGUAUUUGGGAGUAUUUGUUUUGGGGAUUUGUCUGCGGAAAUCACGUUCGACGUAGAUUCACUUGCUUGGAAAGAAAUAACAAUUUUUUUAAUUUAUUUGCAUGAAUGCAUAAGCAGAUUGAUUCAUGAAUAUAUAAACCAAUUUUUGUACUUUUUUUUUUUUUUGGUGUGAGAGCAUGUAACAGCAAAAGUCUCUCAAUUCCUUCAAGCAUUCCACAAGAUUUUUCUAAAGCAAAUUAGUACUCGAAAACA